UGUACAAUCUGUGGCAGCCGAUUGGAAGGGUUGUAGCACCUCAUAAUUACUCCCUCGAAAGUAGCAGACCUAUUUAUAAAGGAACUAAAGGCAGAAACCAUGAUCUAACCCAGAGCAGACACAACAACAGCCAUCUUGAUUCCAGUACCCCUAUAAUCCCCCAGGAAGUGUUCAAUAACUCUCUGGUCUUAAAGGACCAGGAGGCUUACAGAUUGAUGAACGAAGGGAGUCAGUCCAGAAAGGCCAGGAUGUAAGCGAUCCCUUAUCUUCUAGGACUCUUCUGCAGGUUAUUCACUUUUCUGAUUUGUAGGAUAUCUAUCAGCAGCAGAUAAAUGAGAAAUAAUGCAAGGAAGGAAAUGGAGAGGCGCAUGGACCGUAUGUAUGAUGCUGGUCAAAGCAGACAUCCAACACAUUCAGUAAGAGAUCAAUCAAAUAUUACCUGACCCCCUUUGAGCUCUAUCUCGUCCAAUGCAUUACAGAAAAAGAACAGAAUUCUAAAACAGAUAAAUUAUAACAAAGACUUAGCAAAACUGCUAGAGAUGAAACAGAAACAGAAUAAAUUCCAAAAAUACCUCGAAGAAACCAACAAAUUAUCAACUCAAGGAAAUCUGCAAUUAGGACAAGGAGGUUCUUUUGAUGUUUACAAAGCCAAGAUAAAUUCCACUGAUACAUUAAUUAAUGAAAGAAUGAAAGAUUAUACAAAGAAAGUCCUUAAACCUAGCUUAAACAAGUCUAAGGCUAAUCUUUUGACUCAAGAGUGAUCUAUUAGAGAGUAUAAUGACAAGAUCCAAAAAGAUGAAGUCAAGAAAUACCAAUCUAAAGUAAUGCUUCAACAAAGAGCUAAUUCAGAAUUAAUGCAGCAAAUUGAUGAUAAUAGAAAAUAGGAAAGUUAUCCACCAGAGAAUGGUGGAUAAUGAAAAAGAGAUGGUCAGAGCACAUUUCAUUAGAGAAGACACUAAAAAUGCUUUAUUAUUUGGCAAUACUCAAAAAGGUCAGGCUUAUAAGGAUAUCCUUGACCAACAGAUACUUCACGAUAAAAAGAUUAAAGAAUUUGAUGUAAAUAUCAGUGGCAUCACAUCUCUGAAUUUACCUUCCAACACUGAAAGAAACUCAUCCUAUUCUAUGAGUAAGAAGAAUGGAAGUAUGGGAAAUUUACUCUCUCAGAGAAUUCCCUCCACCUUGAAGAACGUAGGAAUCAACAGUUUGAAUAAAUCUAAUUUCAAAUAG